AUGAGGGGAACCCGUACGGAACUAAGGUGGACGGUAUUGACUCUAAAGAUUCUGAAGGCGCCAGAAUUUAUGCCGUUUGUCGUAUUUAUUGCGUUGCCACCUAUUGACACCCUGAGAGAAAUUCAUAAACGAGCCACAUCAGAAGGAACUAUUACCAAGAAACAGACGGACGAAGAUCUUCAGAGGACAGCCGAGGAAUCAGAAAAGCUUUUCAACAGCUAUUCGCAUAAUUUUGAUAAAGUCAUUGUGAAUGACAGCCUUGAUAAUGCCUUGUCUCAGCUGAAGGAUUGUGUCGAAGGGCUUAGCAGCGAGUCACAAUAG